AAGCCAUUCAUGCCAUUUUGGUUUACAGCCAAAGUGUAGAAGAACUUUUGAAACGCAGAAAAGUCUAUCGAGAAAUAAUUUUUAAGUAUUUGGCAGCACAAGAAAUUCCAGUACCUCCUUCCUCUGAGAAACAUCUACUCAUCGAUCGUGUAAAGCAGUACUGGAGUGGGCAGCUCACAACACCUGCCUCAGAGUCAGGGGAGAGAAAACCACACGCAGAGAGUCAUGGAGAGAGACAAAAGCCACCACAAGAUGACAUUCGUGAUCUAGGAUCAGAAUUCUGUCAAUGGUUCUUUGAACUCCUGAAUUCUCAACAUCCCUUGGGAGUAAAAUCUGAAGAAAGAUGGGGACCACAGCAUUUUUGGGAGGAUGCCAGAAUGAAGUUCUGUUACAACACAUUAGAAAAAAGCAUGGAAGAAUAUGUUGGUGCUGAAAUGGUGAGCCUUCGUCUGCUCUCCUUGGUUAAAGAAGAGUAUCUUCUAUUCAACCCUAAUUUACAUGCCAAUGGACUGAAAUGUGCCAGGUCUCCACAUGGGUUAGUACUGGUAGCAGUGGCUGGCACGGUGCAUAGAGACAACGCUUGUUUGGGCAUCUUUGAACUAGUUUUUGGACUCAUUAGCUGUCCUGUUAGGGAGAAUACCUGGAAAAUAAAAGCUGUGAAUCUGAAAAUAGUUGGACAGAAUGCUCUGGAGCAUGGGAUGCAAACUGAAAAACCCUCCAUAAGAUAUGAGUCAAACCACCUGCAAGAGUUGUAUGAUGGGAAAGAACUGAUUAUGGUAGAACCUCAGAAAUUCUAA